AUGGAUCCUAGUCGUAUGCGCUCUCCUUCGUCGGCGUCGCAGCCAAUCUCCACCGCCGUAGCGGCUUCGUCCUCUUCGACAUCGGCGUCCACGUCCAAAGCGAGCAGCAGCUUCAACCAUAUCCUUCGAACCAUCCGAGGCGGUGGGCGGUCAGCUUCUUCAGCAUCACCCACUGCACCGGGCAACGGCAUCUUGCCCAGCACUCCGUUGGCACCCAUCACCACUUCUCUGCCAGCCUCUCGCAAUCCAUUCGAGCCUGGCACCUCCGCCUCUCUCGAGCCAAUAUCUCCCUACGACCUCACUACCAUCGAGCCGCCCCAAGGCGGUGCCUACGAUGCGCUCUUCGAUGACCUGAGGAGACCGCUUCCGGCGACAGCAAAGGAGCGCGACGAAGCAGUUCGACAACGUAUACCCAAAGUUCGUGCACUGGCAGCUGCCGUCGAACGGCAGAGCGGCCCGAAGCCCAUUUUUGCCGACGACGUCCCCCUCGCCGAAGUGUUCCGCCUCUGCACUCUGCUGCUCACCGCCGAACAGCCCCAAAAGCUCCGCAUCGAGACAUGCAACCUUCUUACUUUGUCGGUCAAGCUCGCCGAUAAGCGCGCAGCAAACGCCUCGCCUGCUCUGACCGAGCUUCGCAACGGCGCUCCCGGCUCCCUCUCAUCCAAGAUUCCCGACAGCGACCAGCCUCUUGCAUCCAUCGAUCGCGCCCUCUUCUACCGCCUGGUUCUCAGUGUCUCUGCCAGCGAGAUCGACGACGAAGUCGUCGGCGACAAUUCGCGCAUCAUCCUCGCAGGACUUCCGGCACAACUUGGCGCUCUCGAGGUCCUCGCCAAAGACGGUCGCGAUGUCGUGGGCUUCCCUGGCCUCAUCGUGACUCUGACCCGCUGGCUUGAUGUAGCUUGGAUAGAGGUGCAACGUAUCCGUGCCCAGUUGCAACCCUACGUCGACGAGACCGGUAGGCUCGGGCGAGAAGGGGCCAAGAACGACACCGAUGAGAUGGCAAUUCAGCAGACCCGGGCCAUUUCUCAGCUAUCGGCCGUAGAGCGAGACGUUCAGGUGUGCCUCCGCCUCCUCACUGGCAUACUCAAGUACAGCUUUGCCAGGAUCCCGCUCCCGCACGCCGAAAUGGUGAUUUGUAGUGCUGCAGAGCUCAUCAUUGGCGAGUCGAGUGCCAACGCUGUCACCCUUCCUGGGUCAGCCAUUGGCUCCCCUCCGCUCAAAAGCACACCUUUGCUCGGUCCGCAACGCAGCUCGGUUGCGGCUACACCGUCCUCUCGCCGUUCCCGCUCGCGCGACGCAAGACCGCUGGUGGACGGAUACUCGUACUAUGGUCUAGAGACCAUCAGCUCCACCCCUGGAAGCAACGAGACCUCACCCUCCGCUACGCCACGAUCGUCGUACAAGCCCGUAUCCAUCGAUGCGGUCACUACUCAGCUGCACGCUUCCGCGACCGCUUCUUCGGCCAAGUCAACCGGCGCUGCUCCAAUGAUGCUGGCAACGCUGGGGCCUAGCCGCCAAACAGCUGUGACGACGAGCACGCCACGGAAAGACUCCGAGCUCUUCGCCUCCAGUUACUGGGUUGGUCCGGAGCUUCACCUCGACGAGGUCCGCAGCUGCCUCAAAUUGCUGGAUGCCUCGCUUCGCUAUGGUCAUCUACCUUCCGCCUGCAUCGACGUGGUGGUCAAGAUGCUCUGCCGACUUCUUGGCUAUUCGCGCAUCGAUCCCCGCUCUCCCGGCUUCAUCCCAUCAAAGGAUGUUCACGAAGCGGAUUGGCACCAAGAGGUCCUGCCUAUUCUUUCAAACAUCCUGAGGAGCCACUGUGCCAAUGCAGCCAUUCGAUCCGCCCGCAUCAUCCUCACGGGACCUUCCGCAUCGACGAAGGUUACGCAGCCUGAGGAUCCUGCCGUCUUGGUGGGUGCCGUCAGCUUCUUCCGUCUGGCUUUUACGCACGUGGCGGAGCAGGAACAGCAGAAGCAGCAAGGCACGGCGUCUGCGACGUCAAACAAACCUCAAAAGGAGGACGCUCUUGCUCCAUCCUUGACACUGACACUCAUCAUGCCAGCCUUGCGAGCCGCGUUGAAGCGACAGUGCGACGCGCUCGACCUCGAAGUCCUCGAUCUCGUCUCGGAUCUUCUGCCCUCCGCACCGCCCGCGACCGAGUCUCAGCUGACCCCAUCCAAGCGCGCCACGUCGGAGCGACAGGCUGCUGCCGAUCGUUCCAAUCCACGAACUAGUAAAAGUGUCCGGGAAGAGCUUUUUGCACGCUCCGAUUGGGAAGCGCUUCUCGACCUUACCAUCGAGGCGAAGAGGCAUCUCGAAGGUCUCAAGCUAACAAACGCAUCAUUCGACCUUACUUCGACGAGGAGCGGCACUGCAUCCGGCUCAACAGCUGCCAUCACUCCGAGCGCUGUCACGCAAACGUCGCCGGUGCUCGCAAUGUUGAAGCUGCUGGACAAACUCAACAUCGCUCAUCCGCCAAAGGCUUCGUCAGAGUCAAUGGAGUCUGACCAGAGGCCUACAGUGGAUGGCGAGGAGGCUGUUCCAGCGCAUUCGCCGCCUUGGACCCCAAAGUUGGCCUCGUUCCUCCUGACACUCUCGCCAAUCCUCCCCGAUGCCACCAUCUCAAAAUUGGUCCGAUACUAUUGGACGCAGCAUCUUUGCCUACCGAGCAAUCCCGACUGGCUUUCCAACAUCCGAGCUCUUUUGCAAGCUUUCUUCUACCGCACACCGUCACGGACCAGCACAUCUGAGCAAGGAGCUCGCUACGAUCUCGUCUCGCUCGUUUUCGAUCACGUGUACAAUGCUGUGCAAGAUCUGACUGCAGAGCGCGACCUGUUCAUGACCGACAUUGUCUUGCCUUUGGCGAACUCGACCCUUUCCUCCGAGAACGACACCCGCACAGAGUCUCUCUUGCGGUCCGUGCUUGUUCACGCGGCUGUCUUGAGCGGCUCUCAGAUUCCCGGUCCGAUCGAUCCCGACACCGAGGCCGUGCAGAGCGCUACCGCUAAUCAGGCUGACACCGACUUGGAAGAGGUCUUUGUCGAGGUUCGAAAGUUGCUUUGCAGGCUCGCGCGCUCGGCUCCGGCACACAAGACGGUCGCUUUCGAGACGCCAGCAGACGAGACUGAAGACGAUCGCACAGACUCCCGGCCUACCCGUGGCAAUCAUCUCUCCGAAACCAAGGCUCGCAAUGCAGCUCUCGACUUGAUUGCGAUCUUCAACCGUAUGGCGUUCAGCACACCUUGGAUCGCCAACUCGGUCGAUCGAGACAUUGACCUGUCCAUCCGUCAGCGGUGGGAGAGGAAGACACGUGCAGGCUGCAUCGCCAUCUUCCGCGAUCUCCUCGAUCUGCUCAAGGUCAGACCAGCCUCCGGCUCGUCGUCAUCGUCAUCCGCUGGCUCCGCAUGUACCUCGACCAGACUGGCGAUCCUCGAGUGGAUGCUGCGUUUGCGCACUGAUCGUCAGCAUCGUGUCUACAUCACUGGCGACCUCGAUGACCUUGUUUGCGCAAGCGCAGCAAUCCUGAUGAAAGGACCGGCCGCGGCAGACGACGGCCUCGACAUGGGACGACAGCAGAGCUCAGCGUCAAAUGUCGAUGGACGCUCUCGGGCAGCUUCGAAAGCCGCACCUGUAGCCGUGCGGAGCGAGCGUGAAGGACGCGAUACUCAGCGCAGCGCAGAUCCCACCACCAGGUCAGUGUCACGCCUCCGCGAUCUAUCUCGGGAAAGAGGCCGAUCCGAGCGCAGCUCCGACUCCAACAAGCGUCAUGCAGGUGAACGGGACCGCAGCACCAGCCAAAACAGGGCACAACGUCCUGCGUCCUACGAGCAUUUGUGGCGGCUGCCGCAGACCGUGUCGUUCGAGAUGCCUGCCAUCUCGCUACGCAGCGACAUCAUCUACACGUACAUUCACGAGCGUAAUGACAUGGAGUGCUGUGCGGGCAACACACACCUUCACAGCGACAAGGACAACAAGCCUGCGCCAGUACCCGUGUCCGAAUUCCUCGCCAUCGCCAUCGACAUAUUGCGCUCGGAGCCGGAUUGGGAGGUUGUAUCGUACCUCUUGUGCCACCUGCCCCAUCAGCUAAGCAACAAGCACCUCUUCUGCGGUCCAAAGGCGCAGCUGCAAGUCUUGCAUUUACGCAAGGACAUCUGUCAAGGCAUUCUCGAUGACGCGCUCUUGCCCAAAGUGGUCCUGCCAGACGCCUUGAAGAAGACGGAUGUCACCGCCGUGGUCUACGAGACGCUUGUCACCCUCAUUAGUUAUCGCACGCUCUUCUCGCGAGCAGAGCAGGACGAGAUGGUGGACGCCUUCAUCCGCGGCCUUAAAAAGUCUCACACGACCGCACGAUCUUGCAUCAAAGCUUUGUCGAUCGCCUGUUACGAGAUGCAGAAGAGCUUCACGCGUUUCUUCUCGCACAUGCUGCUCACGCUCACUGCUGUGCGCUCCCACAUGACCAUGAGCGUACACAUUCUCGAGCUCAUCGCGACCGUGGCUCAACAUCCAUCUUGCUACGCCAACUUUACCGAGACCGAUUACAAGCGCGUCUUCAGCAUUGUGCUCCAGUACAUCGAGUAUCACCAGAGCCCAGAGGCAGCGACACGUGAUGAUUACCGUGCAAGCCCGGCGACCUUCUCGCUGUCGCAGUACGUGAUGCUGAUGGCUUUCUACAACAUCUCGCUGUGGUUCGUCAUCCUUAAGAUUGGCGAUCGACCCAAGUACCUCCCGUACAUCUCGCGCGGUCUGCUCAAGGCAAACGAGGCCAUGGAGGCGCUCUCGGAUCAGACACAGGUGUGUUUCGACUUCCUUGCCAGAUUCACCCACUCGAAUGCCGAUUCGAAGCCAAGAAAAUCCUUCGUCAACCAGCUCAUCAUGGGCGCACCCUCAGCGGGCCCGGGUCGAGGUACAGAGGCCGCUCGUCACUCCAAGACGUGGCUCAUGGGCAACGGCCUGCUCACCGUCUCGACGGCCAAGAAAGCUGGCUGGGUCGAGAUCGUCAUUCGUCGCCCCUCUGGGACAGCAACGAUGCUGUGCAAGCUGGAAAACGUUCCGAUGGGCAUCCUUCCGGACGAAAAUGGAGAGAAGGACCAGCUUCCGGCCUUGCUUAUGAUGAACCGCGAUCCAGAGGUGAUGGACUCUCCGACGCUCGAUGCACCCACCGACGAGCUCACUGAGCCCACUGCAAUGACAGAGGGCGAGCACACCCAGGGUACCACUGAUAAGCAGAUCGGAAGCAAUGUACGCCGUCGCGUCGAGGAACGACUCGAGGUCAGUGAUCGUCUGCGUGCCCGUCGACCCCUAGGACCUGCUCACUUCGGUCUGGCCCCUCGACCACGGUCCUCUUCCGUUUCGGUCAAGAACACUCGAUCGUCCAUUGUGCACUCAGGCGCGCUCAGCGACGAACUCGCCGAGAGCUCCCUUGCGAUGCGUCAAGUGAUGCGAGAUCUUCUCCGGACGGCAGACAAGUCGUCAGCAACGAUCGAUGGGCAAGGCACCAGCAACGCUCCUAUUACAGCCGCCAAGGCCAAGAUCACCACGAAGGAGCCCGAGGUCGACCCUAGUUUCUUCGCGCUGCAACUCUCUACGUAUCCAGACAUGCUCCACGACACUGCCCCCAUCCCGCUGCCAGAUGAACCGGCGACGGCAAGGCUGAUCAAAGCCAUCGACUUUACCCCGGUGGUCGACUUCCACAAGAUCGGCGUGCUAUACGUCGGACCGGGCCAAGAAGAGGAAGUGGACAUCCUCAGCAAUCGCCACGGUUCACGAGCGUACACUCGCUUCCUGCAAGGUCUCGGUCAUUUGGUGACGCUCAAGGGGCAAGAGGAUGUCUACACGGGCGGCUUGGAUCGUAACAACGACGAGCACGGCAAGCACGCUUACGUGUGGACGGACGAGAUUUGUCAAAUCGUUUACCACACCGCGACGCUGAUGCCAAACGACGAGCGCGACCCCAUCAGACGCUCCAAGAAGGCUUUGAUCGGAAACGACUUUGUUCACAUUGUCUUCAACGAGUCGGGGCGAGAUUACAAGUUCGGCACCAUUGCGGGCCAAUUCAACUAUGUCAACGUGUGCAUUUCGCCGAUGACGCGGGGAGGUGUCAAUCUGGGAUCUGCCAAUCCGGACGAUGCUGUCUUCUAUCAGGUCACUCUGCAGCGUCGUCCUGGAAUGCCGGAUUUCUCGCCGGUGGGAGAUGGUCAGCUGCUGUCGGCAGAGGCUCUACCAACGUUUGUUCGCAUCCUCGCCUUGCACAGCAACGUGGCCAGCCAGAUCUACUUGGAUACGGGCGAGGCCAUGCAGCCGUACUCGAGUAAUUGGGUGUCGAGGUUGGGUCACAUCCGACGUGCGAGACAGCAGCAUCUGGCUAAGAAGGCCAAGGCUGAGGGAGUAGAUCCGGCGUCGGUGCAGGGGAUGUCGGCCAAUUCCGCCAUGGCUGGUUUGUAUGAUUUUACAAAGACGUUUUGA